AUGGUUGAUGAGAGUCAGAGCUGGAGAGCGAACGGACACAGCUCCAAUGCCCACAGCCUUAGCAUUACUUUUGCAAUGUCUGAGCUCUUAGAACAUGUUGAGGUGUUGGAUGAAAUGAUGGGUGCAAUGGUAGUGCUUAUGCACAUUGAGUAUCCAUUUGUCAUUUCUGUUUAUGAUAAGAGGAAAUCCGCAUCACUUGCACUGAUGCUUAUGGAGAAGAAUGAACGUAACUAUCUAAAAAAAGACCCGGACCCACCCAUUAUAAAAAUUAUGCUUUCGAUUGCAGGCUAUAUUGCAUAUUGUGUCCUAUUAUACGCUAUCAGAAUCGUGGGAAGUUUCGCCGGUUUCUCCAUCAUAAUCGUUUGCCAGACACUGGAAGUGUUCAUAUUUCCCAAUAUAUUCCAAGAUGUACCAUACUCAAUUUACAUCGCCGAGCUAGCACUGCCACUGCUUGGAUUCACUCUCGGUUAUAUCGCCGCCAGUAUAUUCCGGUUACAGCACUCGUUCCGGCGUACGAUUGCCAUCGAGGCUGGCAUACAGAACGUGGGCACAGCUCUCACUAUCAUAUCACUGUCCUUUCCCUACGAGUGGAUACAAAUGGCAAUCGACUGCAUUCGCGACUCGAUUCGGAAAUUGAAGUCAAUCUGGAAAGUGAUGCAAUUGCCUAAAGUGUGGUUAUUUCCGUUUAUGUACGCCUUCUCGAUGUUUGCCAUUUGCAUAAUAAUCGCCACAAUAUAUCGAUUACACAAACGAUUCUUUGGCCGAUCCCUGGAUAUUGUCUUAUCGGAAAAGUCCGAUAAGUUUGGCCAAAGCCCGGGAAACAGCCCUCGUUGUGUUAAACACGAUCCUAAAAUAUCUGUACGAAACAUAGAUCACAAUAUCAACGGUGGAGACGAUAUCGCACGCAAUGCCCGCAUAAACACCGCAUCCUAUAUAUUAUAACCACAGAAUCGAUUCAAAUAUGAUUAUCAAUCACUGAUUAAUAUUAAUUUUAUUAUUAUAUAUUUGCACACAAAUUAUAUUUCCAUUUGUUUAUACUAUUCAUAUUCAUCUCUCU